AUCAACGGCAGGACGAUCAAACGCGUCCGAGCGCUCGCUCAUUUACGACACGUAAAAUGGCGAGCAGAAUAUUUCUGUUGUGCCUGUUAGUUUUGUGUCUGACUGUGACUAAUAUAGAAUGUAAAUACAGAUUAAAGAUUGGUAGACUCGGUGGUAGUCACAGACGUUUUUCUCUUGGCGCUUUGUUUGGAUCAUCGUCGAGUCACAGUUGGGGAAGCUCCUCAUCGUCUGGAUACGGCAGUAAAUAUCUGCCAACAUACUACACUAUGCCGCAGUAUGUAUAUAUCCAGGAUUACAGAAACUCUGACAGUCGAUACGGAGACUUACUGACUGGCUUGUCGUUGUACAACCUCGGUCGCUCACACAGUCACUACCAUGAUCACUACUAUUAUGACGACUACUACAGACACAGGUAUGGUGGCUCAUCAUACGAUUCCUCCUACACACCACAAAACAAACCACAAGACGAAGCCAAUUGCGUGCUGAAAGUAAAAGAAAACGGACGAGAGGAAGCUCUGAAAAUUCCAUGUGAAAUUGUUUCAACUUUUACUCAAGAUAGUAAGAAAGAGGUUCCGACGCAGCCAAUUCAAGUUAACAAAACAGCUGAGUGUACGACAAAUAUUACCAACAUCCCAGUGCCAGUGACCACGACGUCUACCACGACCACGACGACGGCCUCACCAUUUGAUAUUCCGCCAGAUAUUUUAUAUUCAUAUAAGGAUAUGAAGGCUUACAUGGAUUCGUUAUCGGACAUGAUAGGGCCAGACGGUAAUAUGAUAAUGCCAUCGAUGAGCACUCGUCGUCCACGUCCACCUGUUCCACCGAAUAAUGUACCUGUAAUUAAUGUUACUACAGAGACUUUUUCAGUGAACGGUUCUGUGUCAUAUAUCACCAAGACGGUGAUAACUAACGCGACUAUGGUGAAUGUGACAGUGUGUACUAUUAAUUCAACCUUUGUAGAUCCUUUGACUGCAAAAGGUGCACCAGUGGACCCUAAUAAUAUGGAGUGUGCCGUAGAGAUUCUAACAAAAGAAGCUUCCUUACGUACCGUGGUCGAUUGUAAAAUUUUGAUGAAAUACGCCAAAAUGCCGGAGCCUAAGCGACACAUUGGGAUAUUACCCCCUAGAGAAAAACUAAAAACGUGGUUAGACAACCCUCCCUGGUGGAUGUCUCUGUUUAUUGCUGUGUGAUUUAAUUGUUAUGUUAAAAUCAUGUUAAAAACAUGUUGUGUACUGUGUUCUGUUGUGUAUACCUACUAGUAGUUCCAACUAUAGGUGUUGUAUAUUUUUAUACAUAUUUUAACGAAUAAUUUAGUGUGCCAUAUUAAAAUAUUAAGCGUUUCCAUUUUGAUACAUAUCUAUAAUAGAAGUGACAUUUCUAUUUUUUUAAAUUAUAUAGUUAAGUAUCUAGGUGUCUAUUAAAACUGUAAUUAAUUUGUUACUUAGGUUACUAGUACCUAAUGGAUAAAUAUAUUAAAUACUUAUUCUAGGUAGGAACCCUAUUUUAUUCAUACACAGGAUAAAUAAUAAUUAUUUAAAACAGGAUAAUCAUUGUUAGUGGGAAGUGUUCAUAUAAAUAACGAACAUAUAAAAUAAUAAGUACUUACAUUACGUAUAUACGGUAUUAUUUAUAUGCCUACUUGGUAAAUACAACAUUUUGUAUAUAUAGAAAUGCAUGUAACGAGGAAGUGCUUUGUAUUAUUAAUUAAAAAUAAUAAAAUCUAGAAUGACUAAGAGUUGGUACCUAGUCUAAUUGGCAGAAUGGCUACAUUAAUUUGAGCGGCCAAUUGACGAGUAAGGUUAAAUUAUAACGCUAUCAUUUUUAUAAACGAGAUAGUGCAUUAUUGCAGAAACACAUAAAGAUAACUUGGACUCUUAAUUAGGUACUUUGUUCUAAGUAUAAAAAUAUUAAAUUUUACCAAAUGAAAUGUUUAUAAUUUUUGUAUAUAGUAUAAGAUAACCCCUGUUUAACCUAUUGUAAGAUUGCAGAUAUACGCGAGACACAAUGUGUUUUUUUAUUUUGUGUUUUAUAUACCAGUAAUUAAGUAGUUAAUGCGUUGAUAUAUUGACCGAAAGAUAAAUAUUCUAUUUUAAAAAUAAAAACAAAUUAAUACUUA